AUAUACCCUAUACACCGUUUUCAUAGUUGUAAAACGAAACAAGAUUUUUCUUAUUUUCAUGAAGUAAUAGAAAACAUUUUAUUUAUUUCCGUGUUGUAAAGAGGUGAGAUAUAGUUGUAUACACAUAAAAAAAAAAAAGAGAACAGCCAAGGCAACCGAAUAAAAACUCUAACCUUAAAAAACCUUUCGAGAAUUACUCUUUUCAAAAAAACUGAAUGCGUAGUUAAUAAUUUCAGCUUUACUGUUUAUAACGUUUAAUUUUAAAACUAUCUAAAAAAUAUAUAAUUAUGUCACAUAAAAUUAUUUAAACGCUCUCGCAAAAUUUUAUCUACUCGUGCGAUUAGAAAGGAAUAUAUAAUUCAAAUUGAAUGAUGGAAAUCGACAAACAUGUUUUAGAAAAAGAACGAAAACCAUUUACAACUAACAAUUUAUCAUACCACGAAGAACAAUUUGAAUAUAAGUAUGUAGAAGAGUUAUUCAACAAACGUUUUCUAAUUGCACACAAUGAAUAUUAUUUGUUACCUGAAUCAAAAGCACUGUUCAAUGAUUGUCUGUGGGAAAUUGAUAAAUUACAAAUAUUAAAGCGCGAAUUGAAUGAGAUAAAAAGUUAUUUAAAUAAUUAUGAUCUUCACGAAUGGCAAACACAUACGUACCAAAGAAACAGUGCAAAAGAUGUUCUUAUACGUUUAAGAAGAGACAUUCAACCAGAAUUUUUAACUCAGGCAUGGUGUAAAUUCUAUGAAAUAGUGUCAUCCUUUCCUUUAGUACCAAUGAAUCAUAUUGAUAAUAAUAAUAAACGUUUUAAGUCUGUUCAUUUAUGCGAAGCUCCAGGAGCUUUUGUUACAUCUUUGAAUCAUUGGUUACAAACAAAUGCACCUAGCAUUGAGUGGGAUUGGAUUGCUACAACAUUAAAUCCAUAUUAUGAGGGUAACUCAUUAUCCACAAUGAUUGAUGAUAAUAGAUUCAUAAAGCAUACAUUGAAUCAUUGGUGUUUUGGAGAAGACAAUACUGGAAACCUCAUGGAUUUAAAAAAUUUAGACAUGCUUGUAAAAUUAUCAGAACCACGUAGUGAUGUAUUUUUAGUUACUGCUGAUGGCAGUAUUGACUGUGUGGAUGUUCCAGAGGAUCAAGAAAAUGUUGUAGCACAUUUACAUUUUUGCGAAACUGUAACUGCUUUGCAUCUUUUAAAUACUGGAGGUAGCUUUCUAUUGAAGAUGUUUACCAUUUUUGAAUGCCAUUCAGUAUGCCUGAUUUAUCUGUUAUCUUGUUGUUUUGGUAACGUUAACAUAGUUAAACCAGCAACAAGCAAAGAAGGGAAUUCAGAAAUUUACAUUGUAUGCACAGAUUUUAAGGGGCAAACAGUUGUGUCACCAUACUUAGAAAAGCUUAGAGAGCACUAUGAAUGUGGCUCCAAACAAGCAAUGUUUAGUAAAGAUGAUCUUCCAAACACAUUUAUAGAAAGAAUCAUAGAAUGCAGUGAAUUUUUCAAGUCUCAACAAUGUCUAAUCAUAAUGAAUAAUAUCACUACAUUUAAAUCAAAUCAUGCUACACUGUUAGUGAAUAUGAAACAAACUCAACAUAUGGUUGCUGAUAAAUAUAUGAAAGAUUAUAACGUAAAAAAGUUGAUCUCUGGAGAAAUUGUAGGAAAAACGUUAUUGGAACCAAAUAACAAUAUUAAUGUAUGUAAUAGAUCAUUACAGGGAUCUUACAAUAAACGUCGCGAGCGACAACAUUUAACACCAUGGGAACAAUUAAACAGCAUUUUUAAUGAUUUUAAGAAAAUACAAAUUCAUAUAUCACCUUCUGAAAUUGUAGAUUUCAAGUUCAGUAAAUUGCCAGAAAAUUCACAAAUCGUUUUAGGAAAAAUAUUUCAUAAAGUAUAUAGUUCAAAAUUUUGCAAUCGAAACGUCUUAAAAAUACAAAAUAGCGUUGACGACAUUCUUAGUAAUAUGGAAUGCAAAAUACAAUUUCCGUCCAUAAAAAACGUGAACAAAUUUAAAAAAAGAAUACGUAAACCGAUCUAUAAAAUUUUAAGUUUUCAUUAUACAGACAUUUAUGAUAGUCACGAAGUAAUUACUAAAAUUUGUGAUGCACUACAAGAUCUCACUAAUGAAAGUACUUUGAUUUUAAUUGGCUAUUCAUUAUUGACUCACCUUAAUGUUGGGCUUCUUUACCUCAUAAGUUGUGCUUUUAAUUCAGUUAAACUAAAACCUUGUAAUAGUAUUGGAUUAAAAAUUACUUUGAGCCAUUACAAUUACGAUUCGAAAAUAUUGAAACAGUUACUCGAUAUUAAAACCGUUUCUUCUAAUGCUCAGGAAAGGGGAUAUGCUAUUUUAGAAAUAAUUGAUGCAUCAUUUUUAUAUGAAUCUGAUUUAUUCUUCACAAUAAUGGAUAUUAAUCAUUGGAUUAUCAGAUUAUUUGUUCGUCAUCUUUUAUAUACACUACAAGAAAAUGUUCAACAUUAA